AUGUUCUCAAGGACGAUUGCAGUACGAGCCGGGCCGGCCGCGGUAGCUGCUUCUUGCCGGAGCUGCAGCAGGGGCUUCGCUAUGCCUCUCAGAGCCAAGAUUGUCGCCGCGGAGGCUUCAUCACGCGCACAGAUGUCGACGAAGGUUCCGCGGGAGUUCAAGCAGCUCCCGGAGGACGAGGCCGACGAUGUUCUCUUCGACAGCCUCUACGGCCUGCGGUCCAUCCAGCUCAACCGCUCGAAAAAGCUUAACUCCCUGAACGCGAGCAUGAUCCGUAAGAUUCUGCCUAGACUGCUCGAGUGGGAGAAGUCGGAUUUGGCAAACGUGGUGGUUAUGAAGGGAGCGGGCGACAAGGCCUUCUGUGCCGGUGGGGACGUUGCCGAGCUGGCCAAAUACAACCAGGAGAGCGAGGAUGGGUGGAAGAAAAGUGCCGAUUACUUUGCGCUCGAGUACAAGCUGGACCACUACAUCGCGACGUACGGCAAGCCGUACAUCGCCUUCAUGGACGGCAUCACGAUGGGCGGCGGUGUUGGAUUGAGCAUCCACGCCCCGUUCCGUAUCGCCACUGAGCGCACCGUCUUCGCUAUGCCCGAGACGACAAUCGGAUUCUUCCCCGACGUUGGCGCUUCGUUCUUCCUGCCCAGGAUGGCUGGAUCCGUCGGCACCUACCUCGCCCUGACGAGCGAGAGACUCACGGGCGCCAACGUCUUCUACUCGGGUGUCGCCACCCAUUACCUGCACUCAACCUCCCUGCCCCAGCUGGAGUCCCGUCUCGCCGAGAUCCGAUUCCGCGACUACGACUCUCAGGAGAAGCGCCUCCAAAUCAUCAACCAGACUCUUGAGGAGUACGUCACCGGUCUCCCGCACGACGAGGACAUCCAACUCGCCGGCGAAGUGCGCAAGGCCAUCGACCGCUGCUUCAGCAAGAACAACAUCACCGACAUCCUCUCGGCCCUCAAGAGCGAGACUGGCGUCACCAAGAAGUGGGCCAACAAGACCCUGGAGGCGCUGCACAGGCGGUCGCCGACAGCCGUCAACGUUGCGCUGAGACAGAUGCGUAUCGGCCGUGGCUGGUCGAUCGCCGAGACCUUCCAGCGCGAGCAUCAGAUCGCGACCAAGUUCAUGCAGCACCCCGACUUCACCGAGGGCGUAACGGCGCUGCUCGUGCGCAAGGAGGCACCCAAGUGGCAGCCGGCGAAGCUGGAGGACGUCACGCCCGAGAUGAAUAUCGCGGAACCCUUCUUCGAAACCUCGGAUGAGACGCUGGAGCUGCUGAACGACCGCGAUUACAAGGAGUACCCGUACCCUUUCUUCGCCUUGCCAACCGAGAAGGAGGUCCAGGCCGUCGUGUUGCAGGGCCAGCACACGCCCAAGGAAGUCAUCAAGACGAUCGUCAAUGCCAGAAACGGCCGGGAGGGUGUCGAACAGGUCGUGAAGGACAUUGUCGACCGCAUGGUUGUCGUUAAGGAAGAUGGCCGCGCCGCUUGGCGCGAGACUGCUACAAAAUAG